UUCACGGCUCCAGGAUGGAGGGGUUCCUGUCCACGUUGCCACCGUACAACGCGUGCGCUGUCCCGGCUCCGGACAACAGCGGCUGGGGGAAGAGAGAGGGCCGCUUCAUGAUCCCCCAUGGACUGAACUACCUGGAGCUCUACAAGGCCAUCCUGUGCCAGGUCAGCCCCAGUGUGCCCCCUCUACUCAGGAAAGCCAACACCAAAGAGUGCGGCGUGCAAGUAAACGCCAAAGUGGAUAAAAUCGUGCAGUGCUCGCUGGGUCCCAAGACGCUGUUCUGCGCGGAGGGCGACCACAACGGAUCCUCGAAGUCGCCCAAGGGCCCGGAGCCGAUCAGGCCGGACGGGAAGGCACUCUACAACACGCCGCCGCUCAGCAAGCUGCGCUUCCUGAGGCCCGUUUCCAUCUACUCGCCGAUGUUUGACCGACGGAUCUUCACGAAGACACUCGAGGACGACGGAAGAGAACAAGCGGAGUCUGGUAAGGAGGAUGAGACGGAUCACAGCGGGGAGGACACGGUGCGGGACUUGAAGACGACUCUCCACAGGUCUUUGAAGGGUCCGUCCAACUUUCAGUUCUUCGAGCAGAGGUAUGGCUUUUUCCACUGCAAGAAGUGCAACAUCCGGUGGGAGAGUGCUUAUGUGUGGUGCAUCUCUGGAACCAGUAAAGUUUACUACAAGCAGCUCUGCCGGAAGUGCCAGGUGGGCUUUAACCCCUACAGAGUGGAGUCCAUCGUCUGCAAGGGCUGCUCUCAGACGAGCUGCAGCUGUGAGAAGAAGCAGAGGCACAUCAACAUGAAGAGGCCUCACCGCCAGGACCUUUGCUGUCGCUGCAAGGGCACGAGGCUGUCCUGUGACGCCACCUACAGCUUCAAAUACAUCGUCUGAACGGCCUCGCGUGCUCGCUCUGGCCUGGACACCCUGUGCAGGUCACGAAUGGAAGUCGCCUCCACUAACGGACGGAAGAGAGAUCCGUGUGUUCGCCUGCCAGCGAGUAGAUGAAUCUCUGUCUUGGUUUGUUAGUUUGAAGCAACUUCUCAAAAGGGUUAGCUUUUUGUUUCCCUUCAUCAAUCCUGGAGCUUAAACUUAAAUAUGGAAACUAUUUUUGUAAGAAAAAAGAAAUUAAAUUUAUGAAAUAAAGAAAUUGCAUGUCAGAAGUUGAGGAAUUAUUCUAGAUUAUAUUGAAUUUGCACUCAUUCAUUUAAAACCUUCAUCUUUAUAGCUUGGCACAACCUUUUCCAGCUCUAAAAGCUCAGUUUGACUUUAUGCACAUGUGCUGAGCCCAAAGAUUGUGUUCAGUAGUGUAGUGUGAAGAGACGGUAUGUUGAGAUGCAUUCGCAAUCUAAAAAGGUUUUAAGUGAAAUGCAGAAGAAAUAACUUGAUAUGUCUUUUACUUUGACACAGACUUGUACAGAGCAUCAACUCAAAAACAACUUCACAAAGGCUGUAAAAGUAUUUACAAGGUGGAAAAAAAACUACAGUCUUGAUCUAAAAAGCUUUAAAAAUGUGCAAUUUCUUGUUUGGCAUGCACACACACACACACACACACACGCUCUCUCCCACACACAGGAAAGAAAAAAAACAUACCCGCAUGAGCUUAAAGCUCCCUUUUGUACCUCACACAAACGUAUCUUUCAGAUAAAAUAUGAUUUGUUAAUAAAUAUGUCAAACACUCCA